UAUACAUCCCAUCACCCUUUAAACGAACCCGCACCAUUUUCCACAUCUCCAUAUCGAGAGAGAGAGAGAGAUAUGUCUGCAGUCGUUUUUGUCUUUUUGCUCCUAGCAGCCGCGGCAUCCGCUUCAAAAGAUGAGUGCGUGUACACGGCGUACGUGAAGACGGGCUCCGUCAUCAAGGGCGGGACGGACUCCAGGAUCAGCCUCUCACUCGGCGACUCGCGGGGAAAGGAGUUGAAAGUCCGAGAUCUGGAGGACUGGGGUCUGAUGGGCCCCACCUACGACUACUACGAGCGGGGCAACCUCGACAUAUUCAGUGGCCGUGGCCCUUGCUUGAGUUGGCCCAUCUGCCGCCUCAACCUCACAUCCGACGGCUCCGGAGACCACCACGGCUGGUUCUGCGAGUACGUGGAGGUGACAGCCACUGGGCCCCACAAGUCCUGCAGCCAGACCAUCUUCUACGUCCGCCAGUGGCUCGCCACCGACGCCCCUCCCUACGAGCUCACCGCCGUCCUCGACGGCUGCUCGCAGAUUCCACCUGCGGUGGGCGGUAGAUCGGGGCCUCUCCUUGUUGGGAAUCCGCUGGAAUUUGACGCUACCCAGUAACGCGAUAACAGAGCUCUUUUGGGGUUUUGCAUUUCCAAUGCUUUGAGAGGAUGUGAUGUUGGAAUCCCUGUGUUGUGUUUGGGGGUUUUGAAAGCCCUCCUGUGUUCCUUUUUAAGAAGUUUUGAAUGGAGUAUUAUGUGGCUUGUUUAGAUGUAUUUGAUGAUUUUAAGGCUCUCUCGUUCCUUU